UGACGGAAGUGGCAGGCGCCUUGUGGCAUCUCCUGGUGCCUGCUGGGUCAGACAGGGCCCCAGACCCACUUGCUGCCCUGUUGGAUGGGGAGACUGAGGCACAGAGCUGGACAGUGACUCAGACACCAGGCAGGCAACUGGACACUGGAGCUGUGGGGGUUUCCACAGAAGCCAUCAGGAUGUCGUAUUUUGGGGAGCAUUUUUGGGGUGAGAAAAACCAUGGUUUUGAGGUCCUGUACCACAGUGUGAAGCAGGGACCCAUCUCCACCAAGGAACUGGCAGACUUCAUCAGGGAGAGAGCCACCAUUGAAGAGACCUACUCAAAGGCCAUGGCAAAACUUUCCAAGCUGGCCAGCAAUGGGACCCCUGUGGGGACCUUCGCCCCACUCUGGGAGGUCUUCCGAGUCUCCUCGGAUAAGCUGGCACUCUGCCACUUGGAGUUGACACGGAAGCUGCAGGAUCUCAUCAAAGACGUUCUCCGCUACGGUGAUGAGCAGCUGAAAACCCACAAAAAGUGUAAGGAGGAAGUGAUGGGUACUGUGGAUGCCGUGCAGGUACUUGCUGGAGUCAGCCAGCUCCUGCCCAAAUCUCGAGAGAACUACCUGAACCGUUGCAUGGACCAGGAGCGGCUGCGGAGAGAAAGCACCAGCCAGAAGGAGAUGGACAAGGCAGAGACUAAAACCAAGAAGGCAGCAGAGAACCUCCGGCGCUCAGUGGAAAAGUACAAUUCAGCCCGGGCUGACUUUGAACAGAAGAUGCUGGAUUCAGCCCUGCGCUUCCAAGCCAUAGAGGAGACCCACCUAAGGCACAUGAAGGCACUGCUGGGCUCCUAUGCUCAUUCCGUGGAGGACACCCAUGUGCAGAUCGGGCAGGUGCAUGAGGAAUUUAAGCAGAACAUAGAGAACAUCAGCGUGGAGAUGCUGCUCAGGAAGUUUGCAGAGAGCAAGGGCACGGGCCAGGAGAAACCAGGACCUUUGGACUUCGAAGCAUAUAGUGCAGCUGCCCUGCAGGAAGCAAUGAAACGUUUGCGGGGAGCCAAGGCCUUUCGUCUUCCAGGACUAAGCCGGCGGGAGCGGGAGCCGGAGCCACAUGCAGCUGCAGAUUUCCUGGAGCCCAGUUCAGGGACCUGUCCAGAGGUGGAUGAAGAAGGUUUCACUGUCCGGCCUGAUGUGACCCAGAACAGCACAGCUGAGCCCUCCCGCUUCUCAUCCAGUGACUCUGACUUUGAUGAUGAGGAGCCCCGCAAGUUCUACGUGCACAUCAAGCCGGCUCCAGCCCGGGCUCCAGCCUGCAGCCCUGAGGCGGCAGCAGCACAGCUGAGGGCCACAGCUGGAAGCCUCAUCCUUCCUCCUGGCCCAGGGGGCACCAUGAAACGCCAUUCUUCACGGGACACUGCUGGGAAACCACAGAGGCCUCGGUCCGCCCCUAGAACCAGCAGCUGUGCAGAGAAGGUGCAAUCAGAUGAGCAGGUGGCCAAGAACCUCUUUGGGCCACCCCUGGAGUCGGCCUUUGACCAUGAAGAUUUUACAGGCUCUAGCAGUCUUGGCUUCACGUCUAGCCCCUCCCCUUUCUCCUCCUCGUCGCCGGAAAACGUAGAAGACUCCGGCCUGGACUCACCGUCCCAUGCAGCGCCUGGCCCCUCCCCAGAUUCCUGGGUUCCCCGUCCAGGCACCCCACAGAGCCCACCCAACUGUAGGGCGCCACACCCUGAGUCAAGGGGGACGCGGGUCGUGCCCCCACCGGACUCGCCGCAACCCCUUGCCCCGUCUCCAGGUCCCUGGGGGCUGGAGGCCUUGGCAGGAGGAGAUCUGAUGCCCACACCUGCUGACUCCACAGCCCAGGAUGGCCUGGCAGCCCCAACCCGGAGACCUCGAUCUAGGAAGGUGUCCUGCCCCCUCACACGCAGCAAUGGCAACCUGUCUCGUUCCCUGAGCCCCUCCCCAUUAGGCUCUUCGGCCCCCAGCAGUGCCCCAGAACGGCCCAGCUUCUCAUCUCAGACAGGACACGGAGUGUCCCGGGGACCAAGCCCUGUAGUCCUAGGCUCCCAAGAUGCCCUACCCGUGGCCACAGCCUUCACUGAGUAUGUCCAUGCCUACUUCCGUGGCCACAGCCCCAGCUGCCUGGCUCGAGUAACAGGAGAGCUGACCAUGACUUUCCCUGCGGGCAUUGUGCGUGUGUUCAGUGGGACCCCACCCCCACCUGUCCUCAGCUUUCGGCUUGUACACAUGACCCCCAUUGAGCACUUCCAGCCAAAUGCGGAUCUGCUCUUCAGUGACCCUUCCCAGAGUGACCCUGAGACCAAAGAUUUCUGGCUCAACAUGGCAGCUCUGACUGAGGCCCUGCAGCGCCAGGCAGAGCAAAAUCCUGCUGCCUCCUACUACAAUGUGGUGCUGCUGCGAUAUCAGUUCUCCCGCCCAGGUCCCCAGUCCGUGCCUCUGCAGCUGAGCGCCCACUGGCAGUGUGGGACAACCCUCACACAGGUCUCUGUGGAGUACAGUUACCGGCCUGGUGCCACAGCUGUGCCCACACCACUCACUAACGUCCAGAUCCUUCUGCCUGUGGGGGAGCCUGUGACCAAUGUCCGUCUGCAGCCUGCUGCCACUUGGAACCUAGAGGAGAAAAGGCUUAUGUGGAAGCUUCCAGACGUGUCUGAGGCAGGGGGCUCUGGCCGCCUCUCCGCCAGCUGGGAGCCGCUCUCCGGGCCCAGUACACCCAGCCCCGUGGCUGCACAGUUCACCAGUGAGGGUGCCACUCUGUCAGGCGUGGACCUGGAACUGGUGGGCAGUGGCUACCGCAUGUCACUGGUAAAGAGAAGGUUCGCCACAGGUACUGGUCUGCCCUGCCCCUGCACAACCCCAGGAGGAGUUGGGACCAUGAUGGGGAGUAGGGGGGCUGGGAGCAAGCACUACCUCCUGCUUCUGCCAGGAUGUGGGGAGGGAUUUGGGCAUGGGGCUGUUUGAGAAGGAUAGGUGGGUGUCAGGACCAGGAGACCCAGGAUGGGAAAUGCACAGGUGGGCAGGGGGGUGGGAGUCAGGGCUCCAAUGGGAGGAGACAAGAAGAAAGAUGCAUGUACCUGGGGCUGGCCU